CACCUUCACAGGUAAAUGCAGCAAUUCAUACAGUCCGCCACUAUCCCAUCGUCCUCCGGUGCUGGGCGGAUCAGUUCAGUCCUCCCUAUUCCCACAACCCCCUUGUUCGAGGAAGUGGUCCAGUGGCCGAGGAAUCUGGUUUUGAUUUCAAUGAUGGAAGAAGAGGAGAUCGAAUUUGUGGAUGAAUUGGAGGCGAUUUUACACCUCACCCCCGAGGUCCAGCAGGCGAUAGAACAGGUGUUUCCGAGCCAGGACCCCCUGGACAGAGCUGACUUCAACGCUGUGGAAUAUAUCAACACGCUCUUCCCAACUGAACACUCGUUGGCCAACAUAGAUGAUGUCGUGAACAAGAUUCGCUUUAAAAUCCGACGUCUGGAUGACAACAUCAGAACGGUUGUGAGAGGGCAGACCAACGUGGGGCAGGAUGGCAGACAGGCUCUUGAAGAGGCACAGAAAGCCAUCCAGCAGCUCUUCGGCAAAAUUAAGGACAUUAAAGACAAGGCAGAGAAAUCUGAGCAAAUGGUUAAAGAAAUCACCCGGGAUAUCAAACAGCUGGACCACGCCAAGCGUCACCUGACCACCUCCAUCACCACGCUGAACCACCUGCACAUGCUGGCCGGGGGGGUGGACUCUCUAGAGGCGAUGACUCGACGGAGGCAGUACGGAGAGGUGGCUAACCUGCUACAGGGGGUGGUGAAUGUGCUGGAGCACUUCCACAAGUACAUGGGAAUCCCACAGAUCCGCCAGCUCUCAGAAAGAGUAAAAGCUGCUCAGACUGAACUGGGACAGCAGAUUCUGGCAGACUUUGAAGAGGCUUUUCCUUUGCAAGGAACCAAGCGACCCGGGGGUCCCAGUAACGUUUUGCGGGACGCCUGCCUCGUAGCCAAUGUCCUUGAUCCCCGAAUCAAACAAGAAAUUAUCAAAAAGUUCAUCAGGCAGCACCUGUCCGAAUAUCUGGUUCUCUUCCAGGAAAACCAAGAUGUGGCCUGGCUGGAUAAGAUUGACCGGCGCUACGCCUGGAUCAAAAGGCAGCUGGUGGAUUACGAGGAGAAGUACGGGCGCAUGUUCCCGGGGGAGUGGUGCAUGACGGAGCGCAUCGCUGUGGAGUUCUGUCACAUCACCAGGAUAGAGCUGGCAAAGCUGAUGAGAACGAGAGCGAAGGAGAUCGAGGUGAAGCUGCUUCUCUUUGCCAUCCAGAGAACCACGAACUUCGAGGGGCUGCUGGCCAAGCGCUUCUCUGGCAGCACUCUGCGAGACGGUGGCGGGAAGAAGCCGGAGCUGCCCCCUCCUUCGACAAACCCCUUCCUGGAGGACGAGGCCGGGAGCGAUGAGUCCGCUCUGGAGAGGGACGGGGACAUGGACAAGCCAAAGAAGCCCAAAGCCCCUGACAACCCCUUCCAUGGCAUCAUGUCCAAGUGCUUUGAGCCCCAUCUCUACGUCUACAUAGAGUCGCAGGACAGGAACCUGGGGGAGCUGAUUGACCGCUUCGUGGCUGAUUUCCGAGCACAGGGUCCCCCCAAGUCCAGCACAGACGACGCGGGGGCCGUGCUGCCCAGCUGUGCUGAUCUCUUUGUCUAUUAUAAGAAGUGCAUGGUGCAGUGCUCCCUGCUCAGCACUGGAGAGCCCAUGAUCGCCCUCUCUACCAUCUUCCAGAAGUACCUGCGCGAGUAUGCCUGGAAGAUCCUCUCCGGGAACCUGCCCAAGACCUCCAGCAGCAGCAGCGGGGGGCUGACCAUCAGCAGCCUCCUGAAGGAGAAGGAGGGUCCGGAGGCAGCCAAGUUCUCUGUGGACGAGCUGUGCCUGGUCUGCAGCAUCCUCAGCACAGCCGAGUACUGCCUGGCCACCACGCAGCAGCUUGAAGAGAAGUUGAAGGAGAAGGUUGAUAAGAUCCUGGUCGAGAGGAUAAACCUGACUGGAGAGAUGGACACCUUCAGCAAUGUGAUCUCAAACAGUAUCCAGUUGUUGGUGCAGGACCUGGAUGCAGCCUGUGAUCCUGCACUUACUGCCAUGAGUAAGAUGCCGUGGCAGAACGUGGAGCACGUAGGCGACCAGAGCCCCUACGUCACCUCCAUUAUCAUGCACAUCAAGCACAACGUCCCAGUCAUCCGGGACAACCUCGCCUCCACGCGCAAAUACUUCACCCAGUUCGUCAUUAAAUUCGCCAACUCCUUUAUUCCCAAGUUCAUUAACCACCUCUUCCGGUGCAAGCCAAUCAGCAUGGUGGGAGCAGAGCAGCUCCUGCUGGACACUCACUCUUUGAAGACGGUUCUGCUGGAUCUGCCCUCCAUCGGGUCCCAGGUGGUCCGCAAGGCGCCCGCCAGCUACACCAAGAUCGUGGUGAAGGGCAUGACGCGCGCAGAGAUGAUCCUCAAGGUGGUGAUGGCCCCUCACGAGCCCUCAGUUGUUUUUGUGGAUAAUUACAUCAAACUCCUCGCUGAUGGAAACCCUGAAACAUUCCAGAAGAUUCUUGACAUGAAGGGCCUGAAGCGCAGUGAGCAGAGCAGCAUGCUGGAGCUCUUCAGACAGAGGCUGCCCACACCCCCCUCGGGAGCAGAGGGCGCCCCCUGUCUGACCUACAGCACACCCACCCCCGAGCAGGAGUCAUCCAGGAUCCGCAAACUGGAGAAGCUCAUCAAAAAGAGACUGUGAACUGAGACGGACUGGGGUACCCCCCCCCCCACAUCUCACCCUACUGCUGCUGCGUUCACCAUCAGAACAGGAUAAAGAAAAAAAGAGAAGCUACUAGCCCAGAUUUGUUUCCUGAAGAGUUACUAAAAAGGAACACUCAAGUUCUGUAAAGAGAGUGAUAUUUAUUGUUUUUAUUUGUGUGUGUGUGCAAGUCUGACAUGCCUGGAUUGAGGUUCAGUUUCUGAAUGUUUUUUAAACUCUUUGUCUUAAUCAGGAUUAUUCAACAGCUGACUGGACACGGCUGUUCUGUUCUAUUGGGACCCAGUGUAGCAAAGGGCACUGCUUCCCCUAUGCAGGGUGAUUAUAAAGGCAGACUGUGUAUUUAUGACACUGGAACAGAAAAACAUCUUUAGCGACAGUUCUGCAAUGCUACAUGGCAGGUAGACGUUGGGGAAGAAGAAUGUGAUGUUCAAUUAGUGCCAUAGGGGACCCUGGUUGUGUACCGCAGUUUAUCAACUCAAAUCUGAACACGUUUGCCUGAUUCUGUGAGAAACACUGCAGUGUCUCGCUAGAAUGGAUCAGAUACUGUGGCGCAAAUUGAGCAUUGAAUGUGAUUUGUUCUCCCCAUCACCUGAUUUAUGCAUGUGAGAAUUGUAUCACUGUGUUCGGCUGUUUGUUUGUUGUUCUUCCAUGCCCUGAAAGUCAUCUUAUUUUAGCAAAUGCAGUGCUGGAAUAGAAAGAAACGCAGCUGCUCAGUACUGUAUACAGUUCUUCAGCAGGGGCUCUGGUCUUUAAGAUCAGGGCAGUACAUCUGUGUUGAGUUCAGCUUUUGUUGUCUCUAAGAUUUUUUGCCUGGGUUGGGUAGGGAAGAUUAAAAAUAAAAAAGUUAAGGUUAACUAAAGGCUAAAUACAAUAAACGCAUGACUUCCUGGUAAUUGUUUCUAUCGGAACAAAUUUAACUCCACUCUAUUGUGCUUUUGCCACUUGUGUGGUUUCAGCACUGCAAAGAUCCUGUUGAGAUUGGAACUCGCUUUACCUCCAGGCUCCAGUGUUUGAGCCUUCCAGUAGAAAUAGGCGUCGUCUCUGGGGUCCUGGGUACUUCCAGUUCCAACAUUGGCAUUGCUGGACGAGUUGAAGUCAGGGCUUGCUGUAGCUUCUCAAUGAAAAAUUCUGCCUUUUUAUUGGUCGCUAUGAAAGUGGAAACAAUUGAUCAGCUAGCAUACACUUUUACAGUGAUCACUUUAUCUGGCCCUUGGUAAAUUUGCGACUUUGUCAUGGUUAACCAUGUUUUUUUACAAUGCUAAACCUUACUUCCUGCAGUUCAGCAUGUGUGUUUUACCUAGCCUUCACUGUGCUGUACUACACUUUGCCAUGUUUUUACCGGGACAGUCAACUCAACUUUUGCAGGGAUCCCAAACUAUUGAUUGGUAAACCAUGUAUGUAACAGCUGUUUUGAGAUGGCCAGCAGUUCACUGUACAGCUUAGAAGAUGCAGGGGCCAGUGAGAAGCUAGAGGGCUCACCUGUUGGCUGCACCCCAGGCACCUUGCCAGAUGGCAAGGAAGGACAUCAAUAAUGUGCUCUUUGUUUAAAGUGCAGCUUCCCUGUUUUAAUCUGUUUUGGAGUUCCCUUCUCAUGCUUAUCUGCUCUAAUCGAGGAGUCCUGUCGGAACACAGAUUACACUACAAAGGAGCAGCACAGGGGUGGGGAGACACGGACGCACAUGAACAGAGCUGUGAAAGGGAGAGUUCACAGUCAGGGCUAGCUAUUGCAGCGCUUGCUCUUUGCAAACCCUGCUGUAGAAACCGAUGUAAAAGAGCAGGCAGUUCUAAGGAUUGCCCGCGCCUCCCUGUGCAGGAAGUCGGGUUCGGGUCUCGGCAGUGGGGUUUGCUUAAAAAUGUGUGGUCUGAAUACUGGCUACUGUAAUGGUUAAGAGCACAAAAACAAUCCUAAACCAAUUUAAAAAAAUAAAUAAAUAGUGGUACAUCUGUAAAAAAAAAUGUUUUCUUGUUUCUUCAUUGUUCAGAUUAUUUAUGUCUGUGUAUUCUGCAGGUAUAUUUCGUUGCGUUCGUACUGUUACAAAGAUUCUGGAAGUCCUCUGAUCUGGGUCGUACACAAGAUGGCUCGUCUCUGUCUUGUCUUUUUUUUUCUUCACUUUAACGCAGCAUAAGAAUGCGAUGGAUUUCUAAUGUUCUUUACUUGAAACUUCAUGAAAGUAAAAAACCAAAGCAUGGUCUGUGUAUCCAAACAAAACAGAAGCCUUGUCCAUUCUGGCCAAGUCACCAAAGAGAAUCUUCAGGUUGGCAUUGUGAACGUGCUUCUAACUGAAAAAACUCCACAAGUGACUGUAAAUUGGGGGAGGUAUACUGGGGGCACUGCUAAACCUUUUUUUUUUUUUUUUUUCCCCCAGUAGGACACGCUGUAGGGUCCUUGGAUUAGGAGAGCCACAGUUGGGUGGAGGGGGGUGGGAGAUCUUUUGCAGAAACGUGACAUUCAUUUUAAACGGAUAAUGUGAUGGCACGGCCCUGUGUUGCGAGUUAUCUGCUUGUUAAAAUAUUGGUUAAUCUGGACUCUGCUGUUGCUGUAAACAUUCCUGCUUUAUGUGAAUACAUGCUUUGUGUAUUUUCAACUGUAAUACUUUAUAGUACAAUUAGGAACACUAUUAAUAAUAACAAUAAUAAAGUCAUUGUAACACUUG